CGCUGACACGAGGCGACAUCGCGUGAUAUUUUCGCCGUCGGACGAUGGAGCCGGCAGAAGCGUUCAUGAUGGACGCGGCGGCACGGGACAGCACGCACGCCGCUAACGGCUCCUAUAACACGGCCGUCAUUGGUAACGACACGCACCAGAUGUCGGACUACUUCUACAAGGAGACGCAGCUGACAUUUAUAUGGGUUCUCUUCACGAUGAUUAUCGUCGGAAACUCGACUGUGCUAGCUGCGAUCCUAUGGAACAGAAGCAAAAUGUCUAGGAUGAACUUUUUCAUCAUGCAUCUCGCUAUCGCAGAUCUGUCGUGUGGCGUGUUCAAUGUGCUCGUGGAUGCGGUCUGGAAGCACACCGUUGAUUUCCUAUUGGGCAACGCGUUCUGUAAGCUAGCGAAGUUCCUCAUGAUUUUAGUGACGUACUCGUCGACGUAUGUGUUAGUGGCGCUGAGCAUAGACCGCUACGACGCCAUCUGCCGGCCGAUGAAUUUCACAACAUGCCGCCGACGAGCGAGGAUCCUCAUUGUCGUCGCCUGGCUGCUGAGCGCCCUGUUCGCAACGCCGGCGCUCUUCUUCUACUACAUAAAAGAGCUGCCGGAGCAGCAGACGACGCAGUGCUGGAUUGACCUGGGAUUCAUUGUCAACUGGCGCGCCUACGUGACGCUGGCGGCGUUGACGAUAUUCAUCAUUCCCGCCAUCAUCAUCAUCGCCUGCUACGUGAUCAUCAUCGCGACGAUCUGGAGCAAGAGGCUUUCUGAUCACGCAGCCCGCGCCACCGUCCUUUUCGCUGCGAAACCUCAACCGGACAAACGGCGGUUGCGGCGCAGACGACACAAAGUCCGCAACCUCAGGCAUGCCAGCUCUAGGGGUCUCAUUCCCAAGAAGAUUAAGUCCAUCAAGAUGACAUGUGUCAUCGUCUUUGUGUUCAUCAUGUGCUGGAGCCCGUACUUCGUCUUCGACUUGCUCGACGUGUACGGCUACUUGCACAUGACCACCGAGGUGCACAAGAUCGCCACGUUCGUACAGAGCCUAGCGCCGCUCAACAGCGCCGCUAACCCGAUCAUCUACUGCUGCUUCACGACCGACCUAUGCCGCAACCUCAGAAAGAUCGCGUGCUGCAACUGGCUGUCAAGAACGAUCUUUCGUCCCUGCUGCCCGAAACUUGAAGGCGACCGGCGUCCGAGCGUUCACACCGAAGUGAGCCGGAUGACAGACACCAACACCCGCGUAUGCGGUGGCAGCACCAGCAGCAGGCGGGUAUCGGGCCCGACAAGCGUCGUCUACAUUAACUAUCACGGCGAUGAGACGAAGAACGUCCACCUGGUGAAGCCAUGCUGA